UAAAAAACAGUUAUCAAUUUGUGUAUUGUUUUGUCCAUCGCCGCCAAUGUAAUAUUAACACAAAAUGAAACGAUAAGCGAACAUUUUUUUUUGCAUAUGUUAAUUUCCGAAUUCAAAGAUUUACUGCUGUUUUUCCAGAAAAUAUUGACAUACUAUUACUAAUGGUAUACUAAACAACUUUACAUCUAGCUUUCGAAAACUUGACAGGGAGCUGAAAUAAUGCGGAAACGUCGUGAAAACAAUAGCAAACGAGUUGCCUUUGUGUCGUUAUGUUUGGCCGAAAAACGCGGCUGAACAAAAGUUUUUGGACGAAGUUUAGAAUGAACACUCUUUUGUUAGGAUAUCCGCGAGAAAUUAAACAAACAUCCAACUGUGUUAUCUUGAAAGUCAACUUAGCUCAAAUCAUUCUGCCAGCCAUGAUGUUCUCUUGUGUAGUUGCAGCUCUCUUGGUGUUCCUGGACAUCAGUGGAUCUUCAGGGGCCGAUGUCAUAAAGAAGGGUCCUUUCAAGCUUGGCAAUGAAACUUGUGCGUACAAUUUGGAGCUGACUGUGUUCUUUGAGGCAGGGUGUCCGGAUUCGAAUCACUUCUUCUCGAGUGUGCUCAGACCCCAGUACCAGUCUUUCUCGCCAGUGUUGUCGCUGGACCUCAUUCCAUGGGGCAACGCUAAAAGCUUCAACCUCGGAUAUGGACAGUAUGCCUUUGCCAGUCAACACGGAAUGCAAGAAGUGCGCUCCAACAUGUUUAUGGCCUGCGCGUACAACCUGCUGACGAAUGAGGCGUACGUGGACCUAGUAACGUGUAUGAUGGGAACAGGAGGAAGUAUCCAGGCGACCUACGACAGCUGGCUGUACUGCAGCACAGUGAACAGAAUAGACUACGACAUGAUCUAUAGCUGCUAUUCGGGCGAGGAUGGAGGUAUUGACUUGGUGAAUAUGGAGCUGAUGGCCGAGUUCAAUAGACACACUUUCAUACCCUGGCUCGAAUUGAACAAAAAUUCCAACUCUACAGUGCAGUCGAUGGGUCUGGACCCCUCUGGUUUUGUGCAACUUCUCUGCGCCGAACUGUGCGAGCCAGUUAGACCUAGCAUUUGCACCCAGUAACAAAAGAUCCCAGAGACUGAAAAUCGUCAUAUACUUUAUACAGUCAUCAUCAGCAGAAGAAAGCUUCCCUGCUUUUCAAACUAAAAUCUAUUUAAUUUAAUUCGAUGAAUGUUGCAAAAUAACCCGAUAUGAAGAAUUUUGAUAUAUUUCACCAAGA